AUGCAAGAAGCGAUUCAUCCAACGACCAACAUGAAGAGAAUUCAUAGUAGGAAUCACGACGACCAAGAACUUCUACCGGAUUCGCACACUCGUUCAUCUUCAAUUUCCAACCGAAAAUGUUCCGUUGCCACUUCCAUGCCCUUAUUCGCUUCUCUCUUUCUCAUUACUCUCUCCCUCUUCUCUCUCUCCUUCAUUCUUCCGUAUUCUCCGUCAACAACAUCUACUAGUACUACUAGUACUAUUCAACAACAAGGUUUGAACAGUGAUGCCUCUGAUUCUGUUAAGUUCAUAAAAGAUAAACUACUAAGUGGACUUCUAGCAGCUGGAUUUGAUGAUGGAUCAUGUCUCAGCAGGUAUCAUUCCAUUAAAGGAUUAUCAGGGAAUCCAUCCUCUUACCUCAUUUCCAGAUUAAGAAAAUACGAAGCUCUCCACAAAAAGUGCGGACCUUAUACUGAAUCCUACAAUAAAACGGUGAAAGAUCUCAGUUCAGGUCAUUUAAGCGAGUCCCCGGAUUGUAAAUAUGUGGUUUGGAUUUCAUUUAGUGGUUUAGGGAACAGGAUAUUGACCUUGGCUUCUGCAUUUCUUUAUGCUCUCCUCACAAACCGUGUUCUUUUGGUUGAUCCUGGAGUUGAUAUGGCUGAUCUCUUCUGUGAACCGAUUCCAGAUGUUUCAUGGUUUCUCCCUCCUGAUUUCCCUCUCAACGGUCAAUUUCAUGGUUUCAAUCAGAAAUCUGAUCAAUGUCAUGGAAAAAUGCUGAAAGAUAAAUCAGUCACAAAUUCGAAAGUGCCUUCUUCUGUCUACCUUCAUUUGGUACAUGAUUACAAUGAUGAGGAUAAGCUUUUCUUCUGCGAUGAAGAACAGAAAUUUUUGCAGAAAGUACCUUGGUUAUUGAUGAAAACUGAUAAUUACUUUAUUCCAUCGCUAUUCUUGAUGUCGUCUUUCGAUCAGGAGCUCAGUAAUCUCUUUCCAAACAAGGAGAAAGUUUUCCAUUUCAUAGGCAGGUAUUUGUUCCACCCUACAAACAAAGUUUGGGGUUUUGUUACUAGAUACUAUGAAUCUUAUUUAGCUAAUGUUGAUCAAAGAGUCGGCAUCCAGAUUAGGGUUUUCGACACUAGACCCGGUCCAUUUCAAUAUGUAUUGGAUCAAAUCCUAGCAUGUACUUUGAAGGAAAAUCUCUUGCCUGAUGUUGACAAGAAGCAUGGUAUUACUGGUUUGUUCGGAAGAUCAAAGUCGAAAGCGGUACUAAUGACAUCCUUAAGCUCUGGCUAUUUUGAAAAAAUAAGAGACAUGUAUUGGGAAUAUCCAACGCUGACCGGAGAAGUUAUCAGUGUACACCAACCAAGCCAUGAGGGAUAUCAGCAAACUGAGAAGCAAAUACACAACCAAAAAGCUUGGGCAGAAAUAUAUUUAUUGAGUUUAACCAACGUGUUGGUGACUAGCUCCUGGUCUACUUUCGGCUACGUGGCACAGGGGCUUGGAGGUUUGAAACCUUGGAUACUAUACAAACCUGAGAAUGAGACAGCUCCUGAUCCUCCUUGUCGACGUGCGAUAUCGAUGGAGCCUUGUUUUCACGCACCACCUUUCUAUGAUUGUAAGGCAAAGAGAGGAGCUGAUACAGGUGCACUUGUUCCACAUGUAAGACAUUGUGAGGAUAUGAAUUGGGGUCUUAAAAUUGUAGACAAUUAUGGUUAG